GACCUUGACUUGGUUCUUUCAAAUAUAGUCACAUGGCUGAUACAUUAACUUUUAGGUCUGCAGUUGUUUAUAAGUUUAACUAACUCCAUUGACUCUCUGCUUUUUUUUUGACACAGAACAACUCUACACAUCAAACGCAGUUACCAUUCUGAUCAUGACGCAUCAAGAAUGUAACAUCGAUAAGAUUAUCAAAUUCCUAUCUGAGUUACAGACUUUGCUAAGUGUAAUAGAAAAACCUCCAUCCCAGAAAGCUACUGUUGACAACAAUGAACAACUCACUGUUGGCAACAAUGAACAACUAAGCGGAAGAACUGAGGAGAAAAGAUCACCUUGGUGGGGUUGGAUCAGAAAGAGAGUUAAAAAAGUUGGCAAGGUGAAGAAAGAGGCUUCAAACCAUGCAAGUGAGAGUGGAGGCAGUCAAGGUGGAAGCAGAAGAAACGUGCGGACCAUUGAGGAAGAGCAAGAAGAUGCAGACCUAGAGAUCCGGAAAUUGCAGAGUGACAUUCUUCAGAUGAUAACUGCAUUUAGGAAUUUGACUGAGUUUCAAACCCAUAUGAGCAAGUCAUUGGAGCUUGAUCUUCGUUCAGCUAAGUUAAAAGCAAUACUACAGAAGACUGAUUCAAUCAGGUCUCGCUCUCACGAUAUCAAGGAAAUCAGAAGAAAGGUCUUCACCCUGAAGUGCCAGAUCCCAUCAUUGCUCCACAAACAAUCAUCCAGAGGGACAAGCAUAACGGAUACUCAAACCGCUGAGGAAAAUGAUAAUAUCAAUGAGAUCGGGAAUGACAUAUACUUGCCCGGCCUCCAUGUUCCUGAAGAUUUCGAGUAUUCCUCGGCUUUUGAAGAAGUUGUGGAGAAAUUUCAAGGCCUUGACUUCCCUCAAAAGCUCUGCUUGCUGUCCUUUGCCGUGUUCCCGGAAAACAGAGAGGUUGAAAGGACAAUGUUAAUGUAUUGGUGGAUCAGUGAAGGUUUCAUCAAUUGUGAUGAUUCUGAAAACUCAGUAUCAAUAAUUCUUGAUGAAUUCUCAAGAAUAAAAUUACUUGAGCCAGUAAAAGAUGAGAGGAAACUGAUACCAAGUAGCUAUAGGAUGGAGCCUCAUGUGCAUUCUGCAGUUAUACACUUAGCCGAAUCUGUAGACCUGUUUAAACUCUAUAGUCCUAAAGGGAAGCGUAUCAUGGAAAAAUCAUUGAAGGAAAAGGUCUGCCUGGUAAGAGGUUCCUCGUUGCUACGAAAGGCAAAACCAUCCGUAAUGAAACCGGAAACGUUGAAGACGGUUUUCAAUGCCUCUGAAAGGUACCCUGAUUUCACAUUCAAGUGGUUUCCUUUAAUGAAUUCACUAAGAGUGCUUUAUUUGGGAAGAUGGGAGCGGACUGCUAAACGUCACAUUGAAGUUGAGAGCACAGAGUUUCUUAAAAAUAUGAAGACCCUGAAGAAUCUGAGGCUUGCAAGUUUUCAAGGGAUCUCGAGGAUAGAAAAGCUCGAAAAUUCAAUUUGCGCACUCCCUGAGUUAGUGAUCUUGGAUCUUAAGGCAUGCUACAAUCUAGAGGUUCUUCCUAGCGAUAUUGGCUUGUUUGAGAAACUGAUUUACUUGGAUGUAUCAGAGUGCUAUAUGCUAGAUCGAAUGCCUAAGGGGAUAGCCAAACUCUCUAGAUUACAAGUUCUGAAAGGAUUUGUGAUUAGUGAAUCGGAUCAUGAAAAUGAUUGUGCAGUUAAACACCUGCUGAAUCUGAGGAAGCUAAGCAUAACUGUAAACAAAAAUUCUUUCACCGUGGAAAGUCUGAUGGAGUCGUUGACAGGCCUCAAGCAACUUGAGAGUCUGAAAAUUGGGUGGGGGUUUCGAUUUCGUCAAGAUGGCCAAAACGGAGAAAAGAUUGAAGAAACUAAUGAAGCAGGUGAAAAGGAUAACCAAGGAGGUUCUGAAACAGAGAAGAAACUCAAAGACAUGAUGGAACGAGAUGAUGAACAAGUGAAGAAGAAGGGACAGGCGAGCGGGGAGAAGAAAGAAGAGAUAGAAGAAACGGGUAAGCAAGAAGAUGGAGUUAGUAAUAAGAAAGGAAGUGAAAAAAAUGAAGAGGCUGAUCUAGAAGAAGGGAAGAAGCAUGAUGAGGAAAAAGCAGAGACUUUAAAAUCUGACAAGGUUUUAGAAGAAGAGAAGAAGACAAUUCCUUCCCCAGAGGUAACAGAGACGAUCCAGAACAAGCCAGACAAUCAAAAAGGGAAAAACAAAGUGGAAGAGGAAGGAGAUGCAAAUAAGGGGAAGGCUGAUCAGGAAGAAGGAAAGAAGCAAGAUGAUGCAGAGACAUCGAAAUCAAAAGGUGGCGAGGUAGAAAAUAAUACAAGUCCUUCCCAAGAGGCAACAGAGACGAUCCAGAAGAAGCCAGAUGAUGAAAGCAAAAAGGAAAAUGAAAAAGAUAGAGACAAAGGGAAAGCUGAUAUAGAUGAAGGAAAGAAACAAGAUGAUUUAGAAGCUACUAAAUCGAAAUCAGACAAAGAUGUUGAGGGAGAUGAGAAGAUAAGUCCCCAACGAGAUGAGGUAGAAGCUACGAAAUCGAAAUCAGACAAAGUUGUUGAGGGAGAUGAGAAGACAAGUCCCCAACGAGAUGAGGUAGAAGCUACAAAAUCGAAAUCAGACAAAGUUGUUGAGGGAGAUGAGAAGACAAGUCCCCCACAAGAAUCUAAAGAGACGAUACAGAACAAGACAGAUGAUAAAAAUAAAGCGGGAAACGAAGGAGAUGGGGACAAAAGGCAGGCUGAUUCAAAAGAAGGAGCGAAGCAUGAUGAGGUAGAAGCAGGGAUCUCCAAAUCAGACGAUGGUGUUGAAGGAGUUCAGAAGCCCAGUCCUUCCCAGGAUGAUCACAAAGAAACUAAAGUGCAGGAGAAAAGAGAUGGAGUUAAAGGAAACGCUGAUCUAGAUGAAGGAAACAAGAAAAAUGAGGUAAAAGAAGAGAGCACAAAACCAGACAAGGUUAUCGAGGGAGAUGAGAAGAAAAAACCACCACAAGAAUCGAAAGAGACAAUCCAGAGCGAGACAGACGAUCACAGUGAAAUUAGCAAAGUGCAGGAAAAUAAAGAGGGAGUAAAGAACGAAGAUGAUAUAAAGAAGCUUGAUGGUGGGGAAGCAAACACUGAGAAGUCACACAAAACCCUUAAGUUUGGUAAGACAGUGAGUUUUGCAGAAAAAUCCAAUGCGAAGAAGCCAGAUGAUCUGAAAAAUGACAAUGCAAUGGCGGAAGAGAUUUAUGAAACAGCAUCACCAUCCAGGAAAUCAGGAUCAAAACUGUUCAAGGCAUUCGGAAACCAAACCAAGAAAUGGGGAAUAGGAUUGCUAGAAAGUCAAGCAAUAGAUAAUACCUCUAAACUUCCUUCUAGUUUGAAGAAGUUGGAGCUAGAAUGUUUCCCUGAAAAGGACCCUCCGAGUUGGUUAAAUCCCAAAGAUCUUAACCAUCUUGCAAAGCUCUCCAUCAAAGGAGGAAAGCUUAGCGGAUUCGGUGAUGAACUUCCAACUGCAGAAAACCAAUGGCAGAUUCAGAUCUUACGUUUGAAGUAUCUGCAUGAAUUCAAGGUUGAGUGGAAAGAUCUGCAAGAACUGUUUCCAAAAAUGACACUUUUGGAGAAAUAUAAAUGCCCAAAAAUCGCAUUCUGUCCCACAGAUGGUAAUGGAAUCUGGAGGAAGUCACCAAAUAUGUGAGUAUAAGCUGCAUAAUGGCAAGAGCCUUUGUAACAUCUGUAGAGAUAAUGUGGCUAUACACCCUGAAUAAGUAUACAUUCCUGCUUAUUGUAACUAAAUCUUUAUCGUAAAGCCAUAGAAUCACAAGAUCGUUCAAAAUAAAUAUAAUGUUUGAGAAAACAAAAACAAUCAAAACAAGGGUCUUAUUCACCCAAACAAGAUCAGAACA